AACAAAGCCAACCGCCCACUAAUGUGGUCAGAACCCCUUCCUUCUCUCACUGAGGUAUCAACGAUGCCGGCGCGCGCCUGAAAGGCAGCCAAUCCACGCCCGACCUUUUAUUGAGCAUGCGCAAAACAUGCUGGCGAACUGGCCGCCCGGAAGCAGCAGCUGUUGUUUCGGCUCUUUCGAAUCGCCCGCCUAAAUUUGUCAUUCGCCUCAAGCGCAGAGUGGGGUUGUCUGUGGCGUCCCGGGCCUGACAAAUGGCGCAGGCAGAGCAACGGGAUUCUAGCAGUUCUGACUCCAGAAGAAUGAUGACUGUUAGAGGAAAAGCUACAGACCACGGAGUGAACUUCACUAACACUGCACAUCUUUCAAGAGCUGUAGUGUCCCUCAGGAGAGGCAACUUGUUUGGUCAGAUACCAGCUAAGAGAAUAAUUCCACCAAUAUCUCACUUGCAGGCAAAGGCUGAUCCUCAAAUAGGCUUUCUUCUCAGUAAGCAGUGGACCUUAUACAGUGUCACUCCUCUAUAUAAGUUCUCCUAUGAAAAACUGCAGACAUAUUCCAGACAGCUGAGUAUUUUUAUUGUUGCUGAAAAGCAAAAAAGGCUUGUUGUGGAAGCGGAACCUGAUCUUGUUUAUAAAGUAAAAUUCUCCUCACUCUCAGCUUUGAAAAUGACAGAACAUGAAAAGGAAUCAGUCCUUAUUCAGAUCAUACAAAGAUCAAAGGUGGCCACUGAAGAUGAAAGUGAAAAAGUGGUGUGGGCAGGCUGGUUCUGUUGUACUUGUGGAGAUGACAUCUUAGAGACUGUAAUGGAGGAUUUCACUUACUUGCCUUUGUUCCUUGUACACGGUGCAAAGGGUCUCACGGACCUUGUGGAAACUUGGCUUCAGCAAAUGUUUGAUUGUUGUUUCGGUCCCUUACAAAUCAGCCCCAUCAGUCUUGCCUGGAUGGCUGCAAUGUGGUCUAACUGUAGUAUGGACAGCCGCACAUUUGAAACAGAAUUGACUUUUUCUGUACCUUGCGCUGCUUACCCUUUGGAUAUUUCUUAUUCAAUCCAUCCUGAAGACAUAAAAGCCCUUUGGGAUUCAAUCCAGAGUAAGGAAUGGGAAGUCUGUCAAGAAGAAGUGGAAUUGUUCAUGGAAUGCCUUUACAAACACUUUCACAGACACUUCAAGAUAUACCUGUCAGCCACAAGAUUGGUGAAAGUUUCUACACCUGUAGCCUGUGCUCAUUCUGCUGGAAAGAUAAAGAUUUUCCAAGCCCAACAUCUGAUACAAGUACUGUUUUUACUGACAGAACUGGCAAUUUUAAAGAUACAAUGAAGAUCUGUUACAGUACAAGACUUUCAGUGUAUUUUCUGUUGCUAAGAUAAACUUUCUUUGUAAUUAUUUUCUCUGAUUUUUUAACCUGUAUUGUUCUUUGAUAAAGAGUUAUGGUUUUAUAACUUU